CCGAGUCACGGCCGCCGCCUCCUGUCAGCGCCUCAGCCGCCGGCUCCAGGCCGGGAUCCCGGCUCUGGGGCUUCCUUCCCCGGGGCCGCUCGGCGGAGCCCCCGCCCCGAGCCCUGUGUGCCCCUUUGGGCUGUGGAGACCGUGAGGAAGCCAAUGGCUGCCCCCGAUCCCGACGGAGGCCGCAAACGCGGCCCCUGCCCGCCCUGAGGCUGCCUGGAGGAGGGGGCCCGGUGCACCCCGGGCCUCUCGUUGCCGCCCGGAGCUGGGCUGGGUGCCCUGCACCCAACGGGCGUCUCCGAACCAGGGUCCUGCGGAGCUGGGUGCUGUGCGCCGGGUGUGGGCCCCGAUAGGGCAUUAAACAGGCUGCACGGACGGCUGCGGCUGAGCUCAGCCCAUGGGGGACGGCCUGUGGGUAGCGCUGCUCUGAUGUGACAGUUGCUUUGUGCUUCACCCGGUCUGAUGUCACCGAUCAUGGGGGAGAAUUGAAGCUGGAGGCUUUUACAGCGUGACGUUUACUGGGAGAUGUAUUUUCUGUAUGUCCCCCGAGGGUUAACACUGUCAGGGGAUUUGGUAACAAGUGCCCUAAGAGCUUAUUGUGUUCAUUUGACUGUGGCAAAAUGAUAGCAGGAGUUUGGGUCAUUCCUGUCCUGGUGUGAGUGAAGGGAAUGAGUCUUGCGGGAGACCAGUGAAGGCUGAUGGGGUCCAUUGCAUUUAUAAACCACACAAAGACAUUGCACCAGCUCAAUCAAUUCCUAAACUGCUGUUUCAGCUGCUCUCGUGUCUGGAGAAAGCUCACCGGGUGCUCUGGUUCUGUCUCCAUUGCCCCCAUGAUCCCAUUAAAAGAAUGAUGAUCAGGACUUUUGUGACACCAGGGCAGCACUUGGCAUGUCCGGCAAACUCCUGGGAACGUUGUUUAGGAGCUCCUGAGAAGGGGGUGGCUGUCUGCCCGUCUGUGUGCGCUGUUACUGUCUCAAAGCCCAGCACGCAAGCACUCCGGUUGAAAUGGCCUCAAGCAGAAAGUCUGAGCUAUCAUCUACGCUUUCCAAGAUGUCAACCUCAUGAUGAUUUUUGGAUUUGGCUUUUUCCUGAUGUCUCUGAAAAGAUAUGGGUUUAGCACCACUGGAUUCAACCUCCUGCUCAUUGUACUUGGUGUCCAGUGCUCCGUGCUGAUAGAUUUAUUAGUUUUACUUCUUCAAAGGCGAAGUAAAUGUCAUAUGGCAAGGCUAAUAGAGGCUACUGUGAGCAUGACUGCUGUGGUCAUCUCCACUGGAGCUGUUCUUGGGAAGGCUAACCCUGUGCAAUUAAUUCUGAUGACAGUUCUGGAGCUAAUAGUUUUCCGUAUGAGCAGAUGGAUGAGCAACACAUUCCUGCUGGUUACAGACAGUAUCAGCAUGAUGCACGUUCACCUGUUUGGAGCCUACUUUGGUCUGGCCGUCUCCGCAUGUUUCUCUGAGCCAUCACCAAGGACUGAUAAGAAUGCAAGAACCCCAAAGUCCGAUUUAUUGUCCAUGUUGGGCACUCUCUUUCUCUGGGUGUUCUGGCCAAGCUUCAAUUCUAUACUAUCUGACAGGAAGUGGAGAGUCAUCUACAACACCUACUUUGGCCUUGCAGUGAGUGCUGUCACUGCCUUUGCCUUGUCUGUUCUGACCACGAAGGAUGGGAAAUUCAGAAUGACUCAUAUCCACAGUGCAGUUCUAGCUGGUGGGGUCGCUGUUGGUCAUGCAGCACACAGUAUCCAGUACCCUUGGAUUGCAAUGGUUUUGGGUCUGCUUGCCAGCGGGAUAGCCAUAUUAGGAUCUUACUGUUCACAGGGAUGCCUGAAUCCUCCUCUCAAGCUUCACGAUACCUCUGGAGUUCAUUUCACUUUCGGCAUGCCUGCUGUGCUUGGAGCUCUCGCCCAGGUCAUUCUCUUAAUAAUAAAAAACUGGAAUAAUUUACCAAGUAUGGGUUAUUUGGUCAUGAUUCAAGUUGGUGCCUUCUGCCUGACCAUCAGUGUCGCUUUGAUAACAGGUCUUAUUGCAGGUUUAAUCUUAAACCUCAGACUGUUUAAGAGCAUCCCUGUAUCCAAGUACUUUGAAGACCAGUUUUAUUGGGAGUUUCCCCAUUUGGCUGUUGGAUUUUGAAUAGAGGAACCCAGAUGAGUGAUUUGACCGAGGCUCAUGAAAGCCAUCCUAAUGGACAUCCAAAAAACCUACUAAUAACUGUACUAGUUAUUCUCGAAAGACAAGAGUGUGAAUUUACAGAUGCAUUAACUGCUUUGUUGGACUUAAGUAUUUUUUGGUACAGAAAAGGUGGCUGCAUUCAUUGCUGUAAUGGCUUAUCAAUCAAAAUGCUUGGAAACCUUACACUAUUUUUAGCUCCCAAAGCCAAAGUAAGUAUUUUAAAGUACAAUUUUUCCAAGUGUCCAUACUCAUUCUUCUCUAGCGAAGCAUUCAAGUACUUGUUUUUAAGCUAAAUUAAUUCUGUUGAAGGCCUUGUUAAGCAGGGAUUUGAUGAGGGAGCUGGAUCAGGGCCAGAACUCUGCAUCCUGCCAGACUGAACUCUUGAGUUAUCUGACAGCUUAAAGAAAAAUCUAUAAUCCCCUGGCUCAAGCUAUCUAUUUGGAAGCUCAGCUGACAAGGAGUGAAACUGUUCUGCUUGUGGCUGGUGCCCGUGUCAGCAGUGGGAUUUACUCAGAUUGGCAGUAAAACUCAGCACAGCCUGUCCAUGUGGGGACAGUGCCCAGAGGGCUGCCCUGAGUGCAGGCAGCAGGGGAGGCCAUGGGGACAGUGCUUGGGCCUGGGUGGUAGCAAUCCCAGGGGUGGUGUAUGUUGGGCUGGUUUACCCUGUGUCAAGCUCAGGCCUGAUGGGGCAAGUGAACCCUUGUGUUUAAAUGGAUUGUGAUCCCUGGUGUGUCUUCUUUGUUCCAAAAUACCUGACACAGAAAAACUUAUUAAAAAUUGCUUAUCUAAUAAAAGAAAAUGACAAUUUGA